AUGUGUGGGGGAGUCCGUGCUGGACUUCAGGGAGAGACAAAUGUACGGGGCCUGUAUGUGGCAGGUGAAGUUGCUUGCACAGGUUUGCAUGGAGCAAACCGUCUUGCUAGUAACUCAUUGCUUGAAGCUCUAGUUUUUGCACGAAGAGCAGUCCAGCCCUCAAUUGAUCACAUGAAGAGCUCUAGCCUCGACUCCAGUGCUUCAAAUUGGUGGUCCAGACCAGUUGUGCCUGUAUCACUUGGGAGCAAUGUCAUCAACAAAAUUUUGACAAUGACCAGAGAGAUAAGAAAAGAAGUGCAAUCAAUCAUGUGGAAGUAUGUCGGAAUUGUUCGGUCUACGACAAGGCUUGAAGCAGCAGAGCAAAAGAUUUGUGAUCUAGAGGCUAAAUGGGAGGAAUACUUAUUUCAGCUAGGAUGGGAACGCACAAUGGUGGGGCUUGAGGCUUGUGAAAUGAGGAACUUUUUCUGUUGUGCAAAGCUAGUGGUGAGCAGUGCUCUUGCUAGGCAUGAGAGCCGUGGACUUCACUACACAAUUGAUUUUCCUCAUCUUGAGGAAAGUAAGAGGCUACCUACAGGUUCUCAUGAUCAUCAAUGUCUCAAGUUUUGGCCUCCAGAACCGUUUUGGUUGGGGGUUGAAGCAUCCGCAAUUUAA